AUGGCCAAACGUAUCUUAGGAUUGAGCAAAGCAGCCAAAGCUAAGAAACAAAAAACCGAAAAUGAACCGAUUGGUAAUGAAAAGGGUCAAUCUGAAGACUCAUCGAACCAAUUGACAGUGGAGCUACCCGAAGAAGUCGAUGCUGAUGAUGAAAUUUCUCAAUUGAAAGGUCUCUACAAAGCAUACACAAACUCAGAUCGCGAUAAUGAGCUAAUAGUCAAUGGAAUCAUUCACGAGUGUGAUCGAUUGUUACGUAAUCAAGAAGAAGGUUCAUCAUUACCAGCCACCUUCUACAAAAUUUACUCCAUUGCCUUGAGCGAACUUGCCAAUUUCCACACUGACGAUGUCAAACAAAUCAAGGAAUAUUUUGAUGCUAGUUUGGACAGAAUAGAAAGUGGGUUAGAAAAGCAUCCUGAUGAUGUUGAAUUGUUGUUUACUCGUUCAAAGAUUUUAAUCAAUCAAAUCGUCUUGCAGUAUGUUUCACAAUUGAAGUUGAGCAGUGAAGUCAGCGAGGCAAACGUUAAGGAAUUAUUGGACACUGCGUUGAAGGUGUACGAACUGGCUGAACUAAAAGCAGGUGAAUUGUCCCAAUUUGAAGCCUUCAAUAAUGAUGAAUAUUUCGACAUUUUAGAAGCAGUCGAUGAUUUGUUGGAUAUAGUGGACAAUUUCGGUAAAGAAGAAGUUGAAAAUGAAGAAGAUAAGGAAAGCAAAGACAAGGAUAAUGAAACUCACGAGGUCGAUGAUGAAGACGAAGAAGAAGAAAUUGAAUUGGAUGGGACUCAUCCAUUAUAUCCAAUCCAAAACACCGACGAAUAUAAUCAAUGGUGGAGAGAUCAUACAGUUAAAUACCUCGAUAAUUUGAAUAAAAUCGCAUCACCUUCUGAAUCAUUACUUAGAGAAGUGAAUCAAAGAUUGGGUCAAUCGUACCUUCAGGAGUCAGAAAUCCCAACCAAUGUGUACACUUCUUUGAAAUAUGAUGAGGAUUAUGCAGGUUUAGAAGAACUAGAAGGUUUGUCCAUUGAUCAGGCUCAAGAAAUCGCUAAAAAUCUCAUAAACAAGGCGUUGGAACAUUUAAAAAAAGCAGAAGAUAAAGAAGAACCUGAAUCAUGGGUUAACAUAGCUGAAGCUAUGAUCACUUUGGGUAAUUUAUACGAUUUAGACUCAAAAGAGCAGGAGAAAUUGUACGAUGAAGCUGAGACAAUUUUGAAAAAAGCUAAUAAUGCAACUAAUGGAAGAUAUCAAGACGUGUUGGAGAAUCUUUUAGCAAAUUGA